AUGUCCGUACCACCGCCUCCAAAGGAAGAUUUGAUAAAACCUAAUCCGCCGAAAUCAGAAUCCGCUGUUAGCGGCUUCAACUGGUGGAGAAGAACGUUCCAAUACAAAACGGGCCUGGGAUUGACACCGGAAGAGGAGACACAGUACGAGAAUGAUUACAAGUUUGUGCUACAGCGUAAACAGUGUUCCAAAUGUUAUGAGUAUAGAGAUUGGUUGUUAAACUAUUCACCAACUGUCAUUUUUAUGACGCAACAGAUAGCCAAACUUAACAACAAAAAUACUAAUGCAGAUGUUUUCAAGUUUGACGAAUCGAAGAUUAUAUGUGAUGUAUGUCCGGACUGGAAAUCUGGUGGUUUUCAUCCAGAUUUAGGUAUUCUAAUCUGUCAGAAUAGAAUUAAAGAUAAAUGGCAUUUGGAAGACACUCUGGCGCAUGAAUUGGUGCAUUAUUUCGAUAAUUUGAAAUGGGAAGUGGAUUGGCUAAAUUUGAGGCAUCACGCCUGUUCUGAGAUUCGAGCUUCAAGUUUGAGUGGUGAGUGUCGGUUCUUCCAAGAAUUUGCAAGACGUGGGUUCAAUACUGGGUUUAAGGUUGAUAGAGGUCAUCAAGCUUGUGUGAAAAGACGUGCUGCGAUCAGCGUUUCAGGAAAUCCAAAUUGUAGAGAUAAAGAACAUGCGGAAAGAGUUGUAGAUGAAGUCUGGGACUCAUGCUUCAAUGACACAAGACCAUUUGAUGAAAUAUAUAGAUAA